CCCCUUCUAUAUUCCCUGUUUGUUCUCUGCCAAAUCUUCCCCAGUAUUCUCGCAAAUACCUCCCUCUCGAUAACACCAACCAAACUCUCCCUUAAUCACUCUUCCCCCAUUUCCUUCUAUAUAUAUAUAUAUACACACUCCUGUACUCCACCCUCAAACAUUGUUUUAGAGCUGACGGCAAUGGAGUCUAUAAUCAGUGUUGAAAGUCCCAAACGCCGUCUUCUCCAAGCGGCUUCUGAGGGAAAACUCAAACUCCUCGAGGAGUUGGGGGAAGAAAUGGACUUUGGGGAGGGAUUGACGAAGACGUUUGUGCGAGUUAAGGACGCUGGAGGCAAGACGGCGCUCCAUUUCGCUGCGGCGGAAGGGAAGACUCAUGUGUGCAAGUAUUUGGUCCAGGAUUUGGGGCUCGAUGUGAACUUGAAAGACCGUUACGGUGAAAUCCCUUUGAAUUAUGCAACUCGGGGGCAGCAAAACCAAACAGUGGCUUGGCUUGCUGCAAAUGGUGGAAAUCCGAAUUUGGGAAAUGACAAAGGAUUUUGUGCUCUCCAUUAUGCCGCUACAAAUGGUUUAAAGGACCUCAUGCAGCUAUUGAUAUCUAAAGGUGCUGUAAUAGAAGCUGAAUCUGAUGGUGGAACGCCACUUCAUUGUGCUGCGGCUUUUGGAAGGAAAGAGGCUGUGAAAAUGUUGUUAGAUAGGGAAGCUAAUCCAAACAAGGUUUCUGGCAUUUAUACGCCGCUGAUGAACUCAAUCAGUGCCAGGUCGUUUGAAUGCGUAAACCUGUUGCUUAAGGCAGGAGCUGAUCCGAACCUUGGUUGGAAAGGACAGACUCCUCUUUGCAAUGCUUCUGUUCAAGGGGAAACAGAUAUCAUCAAAUGCCUGUUAAAGGCUGGAGCAAAUCCUAACGUUGCUGACAUUGAUGGUUUGACGCCAUUAGAAAUUGUGGGCAUGCAUAGUAACCUUGCAGGGGUGAUGGUUCUCUUUCCUGUGACUUCUCGAAUUCCAACUAUUCCUAAUUGGAGCUUGGAUGGAAUAAUGAAGCACUUGCACUCAGAAGAAGGUCGGAGGCAGUGGGGACUAAAGAAAAUGGAGACGUUUCUCUUGGUGAAGUCUAGGGGAGAAGAAGCAUUCAGGAGAAAGGAUUAUAUGGAUGCUACAUAUUGGUACUCACUGGCAAUCGAUUCAUCUCUAUAUGAUGCAACGGUAUUUUCCAAUAGAAGCUUGUGCUGGGCCUGCUUGAAUGAUGGAAGUCGUGCUUUAUCUGAUGCCGAGGCUUGCGUUGCGCUGAGGCCUGAUUGGGGAAAAGCACACUACAGGGAGGGCACAGCAUGGAAACUACUUGGAAAUCUUCCUAUGUCGGUGAAGGCAUUUUCCAAGGGUUUGAAAGUGGAUCCUGAAAAUAAGGAGCUAAAAGUUGCUUUCAGGGAAGCUGUCGAAGCUGAGUUUGGAAUGCCUGAUGGAAUCUGAAUUAUACGCGUGGAACUGUAAGUGACGGCCCUCAUCCAUCAAUGGUUUUGUUCCUGGCAGUGGUGAACUAGGGUGGUUUCCUUUUCUUUGCCAGAAGUAGUUUAUAUAGUAGGCCUCUUUCUUGGUUUUUGCUUGUCAGUCUAUAUGUGGUCUCUUUUGUUGGUUUUCGGUUGCCCUGCUUCCUUUUUAUAAAGUACUAGUAUGUGAUGUUGUGUAAAGACUUGCGCCUCGCUUACAAUAUCUGAUACUUUUCAUUAGUAUUAUGGCUAUGGAGAACGAUAAUCCCGUUUUGAA